AACGAACUGGAAGCUUUAGAUAAAGUUCUUUGCAAGAACAGAGCAAACCCUCUACUGGUCGGCAGUGUUAUUUCUAACAUUGGUUACUCAGAGGCAGCAACUGGCACUUCAGCUAUAACAAAGGUUCUACUCGGUUAUCAAAAAGGUAAACUUGCAGGCAACUUAAACUGUGUCAACCCACGAGAUGACAUUGAAGCAUUGCGUUGUGGAAAAAUGCGUAUUGUUACCGACACUACACAUUUUAAUCGCUCCUAUGUUGCUGUAAACAAUAUGUCACUGUUUGGGAUGAAUGUACAUGCUUUACUCAAUGGCCAUUUCAAACCUAAGAAUAUCCUGAAAUAUAAAACCGAAAUUCCAUAUCUCAUAACAAUAUCAGGGCGACAGGAGUCAGCUGUGAGCAAAAUUAUGAACGAAUUGAAAUCAAAUGCACUGGACGCUGAGCAAAUCGGACUCCUCCAUAACAUACACGAACAUUCCAUUUCGGGACAUUUGGGACGGGGUUUCUGUAUACUUGCCACAAAUGAUGAAGGCAAAACGGUGAGUUUAGCAGAGAAGAACGACUACUGCGACGAUGCGGUCCGCCCGCUGUGGUUCGUGUACAGCGGGAUGGGCUCCCAGUGGGCCGGCAUGGGGGUGCAACUCAUGCGCAUACCGGUCUUUGCUGCUGCUAUUGAACGUUGCCAAAAAGCUUUGGAACCAAAAGGAAUUGAUAUUGUACACAUUAUCACAACAGAGGACAAAAGCAUAUUCGACGACAUAUUGAAUUCGUUUGUUGGCAUAGCUGCUAUACAAAUCGGCCUGACGGAUGUUCUGCAAAAGCUCGGACUAGUCCCAGACAAUAUAAUUGGUCACAGUGUAGGAGAACUGGGUUGCGCGUAUGCUGAUGGUUGCAUGACUUUAGAAGAAACUAUUUUAUCAUCGUACAGUCGCGGAUUAGUUUCAAAACAAACGCCAUUCAUUCAUGGUUCUAUGGCAGCUGUAGGGUUAGGAUACAAACAGAUUCUUGAUAUGUGCCCACCGGAAAUCCAAGUAGCGUGUCACAACUCUGCUGAUUCAAGUACUAUCUCUGGACCAUCUGGAGCCAUGCAGCAGUUUGUAGCUAAAUUAACGGCUCAGGGAAUUUUCGCAAAAGAAGUCCCUUGUUCAAAUAUUGCAUACCACUCCAGAUAUAUCCAAGAAGCUGGGCCAGGGCUGCUUAAAUACUUGAGGGAAGUAAUAAAAACUCCUAAGCUACGUACUAAACGAUGGCUAUCAACAUCUAUUCCUGAAAACCGAUGGGAAGAUUCACUGGCUAAAUACUCGUCAGCAGAGUACCACACCAACAACUUACUGAAUCCUGUGCUCUUUGAGGAAACGGCAAUACACAUUCCACCAAAUGCCGUGCUGGUCGAGGUCGCGCCUCACGGCCUUUUGCAGGCCAUUCUCAGACGCUCUCUUCCAAGUUCCUGUAUCAAUGUGCCUCUAACUAGACGGGGCCAUGCCGAUAAUACUAUAUUCUUCUUAGAAUCCAUUGGUCAGCUGUACAUGGAAGGCUACAACCCUAAGCUGCAAGCUCUCUAUCCUCCAAUCGAGUAUCCAGUUUCGACCGAAACUCCUGGACUAUCUCAUCUUAUAGAAUGGGCACACCUUGAAAAAUGGAGUUUGCCUCUAGAGCGAGACUCGAACAGACGAACAUCCGCGUCGGCCACGUUUCAUAUUUCGGUUCACGAUGACGAAUACCACUUCCUUAGAGGAAACGUUCAUGAAAAUGAAACAUUAUUCCCGUUCAGCGGGGUGCUGGUUUGUGUGUGGGAUACAUUGGCCAUGUCUAUUGGCGCUCCGCUGCGACAGACCUCGGUGCGGUUCAGCAACCUGCACCUUCACGCCCAGCCACGGCUACUCGAUGAUGAAGUGUUGCGUCUCUCCGUUCAGAUUACCAAAGGGAACGGGUAUUUUGAGGUCACACAUAAUAAUGUUCAAAUUGCAAGCGGAGAAAUCUUGCCCAUUAAUCCUGGACCUACGGCAGUUUACAGGGAAACCAUCAACCCUAGUCAUACAGAAUAUACUAUGACUCAAGAAGACAUUUACAAAAUUUUCCACGGGAAGGGGUCUUAUUACAAGGGUGAAUUCCGUAGCAUCAAACAUAUGAAUGAUGAGAUGAGUCGCGCUCAAAUGUCUUGGGAUGGAAACUGGAUUGCUUUGAUCGAUUCGCUGAUUCAAUUCAGAUCCCUUCGUUGUGAAUAUAACGGCAUGGCACAACCACGUUUUAUACAACGUGUAACAAUUAAUGCGCACGAGCAUAACAGGAGCAAACCAACAAGCGAAGAUUGCAUUGACGCCGAUUUCAUAGAUGAUCUUGAUGCAACCAGAUGUGCCGGUGUUUUGAUCGAAAACAUUAAGUUCCGAGACGUUCUGCCGUCAGUCUCUAAUCGAUUACAUCUAAAACAAUUAAGUUCUCCGAGGAAAAUAUUUCAGAGCUCCAUUGAUUGGAACCACAACAUAACACUGAGAAGUACUAAAUACGGGGACUUGAACACUCUACAUUGGGAACAAGCGGUUGAGCUGGAGCCAAAUGCUUUAGGAGUUAAGGUUAUCUACGCUGGUUUAAACGUACGUGACGCUAAAAAAGCUUCGGGUCUGGCUGUUCCACACGAAAUUAAUGAAGACGAUCUGGGUUACGGGAUGGACUUUAGUGGCGUAACAGACAAUAGCGUCCGCGUGAUGGGCGUGGUGCGCGGCGGGUCCGCGAGCACGCGCGUGGCGGCCGAGCCGGCGAUGCUGUGGCCGGUGCCCGAGCACUGGAGCCUGGAGGACGCUGCGACUGUGCCGCUGCCCUACGCAUACGCGUUUUAUUGCCUCGCAAUCAAAGCUAACUUGACUCCUGGUAUGAAAAUUCUUGUGAAUGGUGCAACGGGCGCACUUGGACUCGCUAUAAUAUCUAUAGCAUUGGCUCAUGACUGCAUCGUAUUCGCUACCGUGUGUGAUGCAAAGAAGAAACACUUUUUACGCAAAAUCUAUCCUGCUAUUCCAGAGGACCAUAUUGGCAAUUCUCGUGAUGCGUCGUUUUGCGAUAUGGUAUUAUUAAAAACAAAGGGAGAAGGAUGCCAAGUAGUUAUUUGCACGCUCGAAGGACAACUUAAAAACGAAGCAAUGAACUGCUGUGCGAGUUCUGGGGUCGUGUUGGACACCACACAAGUAGUUUGUAUGGAAAACUUCACUUAUGGAAUGUAUAAUUUAACUCGUGCAAGAAAUUAUUCCGCACUUGACUUUUCUGGACUCUUUGAUGAUGCUAGUAAGAAAGAUUUAAAGUUGAUCCAAAUAAUGGUGAGCGAAGGCAUAUCAAAAGGGUACGUUCGUCCUUUGUGCCGAGUGACGUAUGCCGCUCAGGAAUCAGCCCGUGCGCUCAAGUUACUGUCGUCUAGCCAACACCGUGGCCGCGUUCUGCUGCACUUAGAUCAAAACUCAGCAAUUGCUGUACCGAGAUUGACAGUAUCUUCUAAAGGAAGUCACUUAGUAGUUGAUGCAACUAAUAAUGACACGGUCAUAGGCCAUUUUAUUGACGGGCUGGUGGUCCGCGGUGGUCGAAAUAUCUUAUUGAACCGCCAACAAGCGUACCAAAGGACCAAUGGAUACAUGCGAUUCAAGAUUAAGAAAUGGGAAAAACUUGGUGUGCAAGUAAAAGUUUCAACUGAAAAACUAGUUGACAAUGAAAAGACACAUGCUUUAUUACGAAGAUGUAACGAUUUAGGUUCUAUAGAAGGAGUAUACUUCUUAACCAAUACAUCACAGAAAGGAGUCCCUACUAUCCUUGCAUACCUAGAUGUAGUAACCAGGAAUAUUAGUUCGAUCAAAUGUUUUGCAGUAAUUAAUGAAUUAUCAAAUAUCGGUCAAGAUAUUUGUGAGAAGCGGGUGAAUGAUGGUUUUCCAGCAACCAUGCUCACUCUUCCAAAGAUGAAUAAGUUUGAAGAUGAUACGGUUAACUCGUAUUGUAACCAAGACAAGGGAUUGUCUCUGACAGAAGCAGUGGAAGCUCUAGAGAUAGCAGUCAAGGUGAAAUGUGCCGCAGUGGCUGCUGAAGUUAAGCUGCUGAAGGCUUCAAAAGAUUGUGCUAAGGUGAACUCCACAGGACUUGGAUGUCUAUUCAGAUUUGUGGACACGGAUGAACUAUUAGCGGCAAGUGAAUUGGUCCUGCUGCCAACAUUGGCUAAAGGAGAAACAACUCGUGGUGAUGAAUUUGAUAAAGGUGAAAAUUACAUGAUGAUGAUACCUGGAUUCGAUGGGCAUCACAAGGUGUUCCGUACAGUCUGUGAAAGACUGAAGAUGCCUGCCAUUGCCAUACAGCCGGGUCUUGAUCAUAUUGAAGAAAGUAUCCCUGAGAUGGGAUCUCGCUUAGCACAGGCAAUCAUAAAAAAACUGAAGCCACAAAAGACAUUCUACUUGUUGGGAUACUCGUUCGGUGCUCAAGUUGCUCUCGAAAUAGCGUCAGUUCUGGAAAAGCAUGGUUAUGUGGGAGUCGUUUACUGUAUCGACGCCAGUCCGGACAGCUAUCCAGCCACCAUUGACAAGUGGCUGAGGGAAGCCGGUGUCACGGACGACUCACAACUGGAGAACUCUUUACUGCACCACAUGUUCAUGCUAAUGACCGGAGAAUCAUCUCAGCAUUUGACUGUGAAGCUACAGAAUGCCCGCUCGUGGCACGAAAAGGUCGAAGCUUGUGUAUAUGCGCUACGCGGUAAGAUUAACCAUUCGAUGCAGUAUGCUCGUGGUAUAAUUCUGUCCGCAUUCGCUCGUAUACGGCAUGCUCGUCGCUAUGAUGGGCAGAAACUUCGCAAGAAUCCUCUCCGUUCGCAGGUCGUCCUGCUGCGAUCGAGCGACCAGGCGGCUUCAACAGGCUCCGAUCUUGGCCUCUCCCGCUACUCACGCCGACAACCUAUAGUCUACGACUUGAGGGCGAAUCACGCUGACACUCUUGAGGAUUUACAAAGCGCCAAUUUUAUAAAUAGACACAUUGAUGCAGAUUUAAUUGAGGCCUUCCAGAAAAAGAAUCUCUGUGAUAGUUACAUAAUUAAUGCAUCCCUUUUCAUAAGCCCAGAUCAGGAAAUUGAUUGAUUAAUGUGUACUAUUGUACUGUCAUUGGAGAUGUGUAAUUGUGUAUUUGGUAUCAAUAAAAGAUGG